AUGCAGAGCGACAAUGGACUGGUCAAGGUCGCUUCCAACACGAACACGCCUCUCGCAACUCCCGCCUUGACCGAUGUCCCUUCCCAGAAAGCUGACCUUGUGCGCCAAUUCGCAACACCCAUCAAUUCUGCAGAGAACGGGCUGAUUGCGCAGUUGAUCAACAAUCCGUUCUUCGCGGCUGGCUUCGGUCUUGCUGGCCUCGGUACAAUCUUCGCCUUUGGUCGAAGAGGUCUUCGCCAUGGAGCAGCCCUUAUGCGACGCCGUCUUCUCGUCGAUGUCGAGAUCAGUGUUCGGGACGAUUCCUACCCCUGGUUUCUCUAUUGGAUGACGCUCCAUGAACGAGGCCGAUUGGUAGAUAAGGCAGCGCAGGCAAAAGCAGGAGCAGUAGAGUCUCUCCUCCAGCGACUCACACCAGGCAUGCGCCAUCUGGCAAUAGAGACGGAGAAAAGAGAACUGCCAAAUGGUGCCAUUCACACAAAUUUUGUCUUGAUCCCUGGUCCCGGCAGGCAUGUGAUCCGCUACAGAAAUGCGUGGAUAAUGGUCAACCGGCAAAGAGAGUCGAAGCAGUUCUCCAUGGAUGGAAAACCUUGGGAAACAGUUACCCUGACCACGCUAUAUUCUCAGCGGCACGUAUUUGAGUCGUUGUUCAAAGAAGCUCAUGACAUCGCCACCCAGUCGGUUGAAGGCAAGACUGUCAUAUAUACCGCAUGGGGCACAAAGUGGGAUAAGUUCGGCCACCCUCGCAGCAAGCGGCCGCUCGAGUCCGUCAUUCUCGACAAAGGCGUCAAGGAACGCAUAGUCGCAGAUGUGCAGGACUUCCUCUCGUCGGCUAAAUGGUACGCCGAACGAGGAAUUCCUUACCGGAGAGGCUAUCUCCUCUACGGCCCACCCGGAACGGGAAAGUCGUCGUUUAUUCAGGCCCUUGCUGGUCAUUUGAAUUAUGACAUCGCAAUGCUAAAUCUCAGCGAGCGUGGUCUUACGGACGAUAGACUGAACCAUCUCUUGACUGUCAUUCCCCAACGGACGCUGGUCCUUUUGGAGGAUGUUGACGCGGCUUUUGCAAACCGCCGUCAGGUUGAAGCAGAUGGAUACCAGGGGGCCAAUGUGACAUUUUCGGGCCUGCUGAACGCUUUGGAUGGCGUGGGCAGCGCCGAAGAACGCAUCAUCUUUCUAACGACUAACCACGUUGAUCGCCUCGACGAAGCACUUGUGCGGCCUGGCCGAGUCGAUAUGACUGUGCGACUUGGUGAAGCAACGCCUUACCAGAUUGAACAACUGUGGGCGCGAUUCUACAGUGAUGUCGAUGCAAAUGGAAUGUUCAGGCAGGAGUUCUUUGAGAAACUCCGUGAAAUAGGAGUCUUGCCUCCUGGGCCUGCAAGAAAUAGUCGGACAAGCAUGGCGGCCCUACAGGGUCUAUUCCUGUACAACAAAGGAAAUCCUCGUGGAGCCAUUGAUAUGGCAUGGCAGCUGGCACCGGGCGAGCUCCCCAGUGCUUUGAACAAGGACAGUCAGGCGCACGCAAUCGCCUCAUGA